AUGAAAGCCCAUAGACUUAUCCUUUCUGCUUGCAUUGCCGCAGUUGUCGCCAAGGCAUACACCUUUGAGAGACUGGACAAGAAUAAUUCGGUACUUCUUGUCGUCGAUCACCAGAUUGGGCUGGCCCAACUAGUCAGGGACUUCACGCCGACCGAGUUUUGGAAUAAUGUCCUUGCUCAUGCUGCAUUGGGGAAUUUGUUCAACUUGCCGACCGUUAUGACAACAUCAGCAGAGACGGGUCCCAAUGGGUAUCUACCGCGGGAGAUCAUCGAGAUGCAUCCUAAUGCGCCUCUCAUUCGAAGGAAUGGCGAGGUCAACGCUUGGGAUAACCCGGAGUUCAGAGCAGCAGUUGAGGCAACAGGAAAGAGGCAGGUCAUCCUCGCUGGCAUCGUGACUGAGGUUUGUACUGCUUUCCUUGCCCUCUCACUAAGAGAAGCUGGCUACUCCGUCUGGGCAAAUACCGACGCAAGCGGAACCUUCACUCCCCGCCUGGCGGACGAGGCGAACAGACGUAUGGAGCAAGCUGGGGUACACUUAAUGGGAACGUUUGCUAUAGUUGGGGAUCUCAUGAGAGACUGGAGGAAUACGCCUGGGGCGGCUGAAGUUUUUCCUUACUUAGACACGUACCUAACGGCAUUCUCUAUCACGGCACGAGCUCACGGUGGAGCGGUAGAAAACGGAACUAUAGUCCCAGGCCAGGCUGGAUUGAUCUGA